AUGUACGAACAACAUACAGCUGGAUAUUAUGCAAAAGAACAACGUUUCAAAAAUAAAUUUCCUUUAUCAAUUGUAGCAACUUUGGCUGUUAUACAAAUGUUAACUACGUUUGCUAUAUUUUCUCUCGAAGUCGGACAUAAUGUUCUUCAUAUGAAAUUAACAAAUUUAUUUGUUGGCUUUUGGACAGCAGUGCCGUUUACUAUCCUAUGGAUAUCUAUGUUUGCAGUCGUUUGUUGUUGUCGGCAACGAAGCUGUGCUACACAUGCUGUCAUCCAAAAUAUAUUUGGUUUGAUUUUUGCUUUUAUUUUAAUUGGAUUUGAUAUUAUUUUUAUUCGAGAACCAAAUAAAUGUUUUUUUAGUGAAGGAAUCUGUCAAACAUUAGCUUGGACAAGUUAUAUAUCGGAUCCCAUCGAAUGUUUAGUCGAUGGUGUUUCAGACGGUUGUGGAAAUACUCGUGUAUCUUUUAUCUUAGGACAACUUGUGGCUGGUAUUCUUAUGGCUGUUACGUGUCUGAUUUAUUUAAUUAUUUAUUGUUUAAUACAUAUACGAGCAGCAAGUGCCUAUCCAUAUCAAUUAGCAACACCAGCUGAAGCUGUUAUGGCACCGUUGUAUUCGUCGAGUCAGAAAAUACUACCGAUGACUAUUAGCCACCAUCAUCAAUCUUGUUCGCUUUCGUCUAAUCCAUAUCAAGGAUCUGUUCCUGUUAUGAUGACUGUUUAUCCACCACAAGCGCCACCGUUACCGUCGGAUAUUAAUUAUCUUACUCAUUUAACAUCGAGUCAAUAUGCACCGAAAUAUCCACAGUUGACAAAUGAACGAUUUUAA